AUGGCAUCCAUUGCCCAGAACCCACCGCCACGGCCCCGCAGGUUUGCCCCUCUAAAAGGAGACUCGGAGGGAGCGCAGACAAAACUGCAGGGCAUUGUAUUCGACGUUGAUGGCACCCUUUGUCUUCCUCAGCAUUAUAUGUUUACCCAGAUGCGCGCUGCACUCGGUAUUGACCGCUCAGUCGACAUUCUUGACCAUAUUCGCGCUCUGCCCUCAGAUGAGGCGCGCAGCGAGGCAGUGGCCAAGAUCCAGGCCAUUGAGCGCGAAGCCAUGCUUGCUCAGCAACCCCAGCCCGGUCUUGUGCAGCUGAUGGACUAUCUCGAAAGAAAGAACAUGCGCCGAGCACUGUGCACGAGAAACUUUGAGGCGCCGGUGACACAUCUUUUACAGAAUCACCUACCUGAUCAUAUCUUUGAGCCAAUUAUCACUCGCGAUACGCCAAAUCUUCUGCCCAAGCCAGAGCCAGCCGGUAUCUUGCACAUUGCACGCCAAUGGAACUUGGAUAACCAUGCAGAAAGCAUGAUCAUGGUUGGAGAUAGCAUUGAUGAUAUGACUUCUGGUCAUACAGCUGGCGCAGCCACUGUAUUACUCGUCAACGAACGCAAUACACACCUGAAAGAACACCACCACACAGAUCUAUGCAUCUCAAGACUUGAUGACCUUAUCGACAUUUUAGAGAAUGGAUUCGUGGGUGACAACAGUGCUGGUUCCAGCAGCACCUCACAAUAA